AUGUCCAUCUCCACUCCAGACCGCUAUAAGCUCGUCUUUUUCAUCCCGACCGCCAACGUGGAGCCCUGCAAAGAAGCCAUCUUCGCUACAGGUGCCGGGUCAUUCCCGGGUAGUAAGUAUACCAAAUGUUGUUUCCAGAUUGUUGGAACAGGCCAAUUUCUGCCCAAUGAGGGUGCAGAUCCGGCGGUCGGAGCCGUCGGUGCUUUAGAACGGUGCGAAGAGGUUAGGGUUGAGAUUUUGUGUGUGGGCCGGGGCAUUAUGCUGAACGCAGUCGAUGCUUUAAUCUUGGCGCAUCCGUAUGAGGAGGUUGCUUAUGAGGUUUAUAAGAUGGAGAACGUUUAG